AUGUCACGUGGGCAGCCGCAGCAAGUCAUCGAGUCGUCGGAGGUGGAGAAGAAGGGUUCCAUGGUGCAGCUGCACGUGGUGGUCGUGUGCUCCAUCGUAGGCUUCGUCGGCCUCGUCCUCGUCAUCCUGGGCGUUGCCAGCGAGGCCUCCACCGUGCAGAUCCCCGAGCUGGAAUCCGACGGCUUCAACGUCAAGUGCGUGUACCAGACCACGCCGGCGCUAGGCUGCGGCAUCACGGCGGCACUGCUCGCGCUUGCGGCUCAGAUCGCCGUCACCACCACCAGCCUUCUUUGCGGGUGCUGCCGCACAUGGGAGCUCCCCAGCGGAGCAAGGCGCAUCGUCGGCAUCGUCAUUUCCGUCGUCUCAUGGUUCAUUGUGCUUAUAGUGGUGGCACUGUUCAUCGCGGGCGCUGCCAUGAACACGGACCAAAAGAGGGACCGCACCACCGACAAGAAGUGCCCCGUCGACCCGGGCAGCGCGUUGUUCGCUGCGGCGACGGUCUUCUCUCUCGUAGCCACCGGCUUGCAGAUCGCCUCGUAUGUCCUGCUGGCGCCUGCGAAAGGCUCCACGAAACCGCUAGCCACGCAGCAGCAGCCGGAGGUGGCCAUGGGGCAGCCGGUGAAGCUGCAGCCGCGGCAGGAUGCUGAUGAUGAGGUGGUCGCCGGUGGUGACCCGCCGCCGCCUUCAGCUCCUCCGUUGCCUCAAGCCACAGAACCUACGAGCAAAGUUUGA